AGCUAGGGAAGCUCAGCGUGCAUGAAAUGGUGCAGUUAGUGAAGUGCGACUGCAUGCUGGUGCGGUUAUGGAAUUACUACCAAUUCAACCAUGAGAAGAUGACAGAUUCAGAUUGGAUCAAGACGUACCCUUUCCUAAAAGAAAAGUCUGCAAUCUUCAAAGAGUUCGACAAGCUUGCGUUGGACGAUGAUUCGCGGGAUGACAGCAAAAUAAAUGUUUAUGACUCCAGAGUGUUCAAGGAUUGUCCGCCGUACAUGGACUGCGAUGACGACCGAACGAUUGAGGCCACGAAAACGUUGGUCGGCCACAAGAAGUUAUCCCUUGACUGGAAGAACAAGGUUCACUCCGUGUUGACUGGUUGUAGACCGAAGAGUAGGGAGAUCGCACUUGCCGAAGGCAUUGUGAACAUACUAUGGAAAGACAUGGGGAGCGUGACAUCCAUUGCACCGUUCCACAACGAUCCUUUGGAGGCGGAGACGAGGAGCGCCGAGUUAAAGGGGGCGGUGGCUACCAGAAAGAGCCACACGUUCGUUCGUGACAUGUCGUUCAAAUCGAGUGAGAGGAAGAGAACCAAGAUAUACGACUUCUUGUUCCUCGAAAUGAGGUCGACGAAGGACACUGAUGCCGAGUACAUGUGCCCCAAGGACCACAUGUACGCGUUGUUGGACAACUACCACUUCACGUCCCGCAAGAACGUGAAGACCUUCCUCGGCAGGCUAGAGUCCUUGUACUUCGUCGAGUCUGAGGAGGAAUUGAAGGUCGGCAGUUACGGCAGCUUAAUCUCCACGGACGACGAGGUGGCCACCGGUACCGAGUUCAACACCAACGGGAAGGAGAAGGAGAGCGACACCGAGAGCAUUGACCUACGUGGUGUUGUGUGGGAGCGAAAUGCGUCGCCAGUGGGGGAGCGACGACCACUAGGGUUGAGGCGAGAGGGUGCAAGUGGAGCGCCCGACGACAUGGAGACGAUGAAGUCCGCCGGGAUCCGAGGAAGGGGAAGUAGGGACGGAGGGAAGGAAGGGGAGGAAGGGGAGGAAGGGGAGGAAGGGGAGGAAGGGGGAAAAGGGGAGGAAGGAGAUGAAGGAGAGGAAGGGGGAGAAAAGGAGAUGAUUAAAUUGCUUGAAGGAAAAGAGGGAGACAACGGAAAAGUGGAUAUUAAAAACAACAAAGGGGAGGACAGUGAGGACGAUGCCACCUCUGGAGAGUCUUCUGACGAGUUCGGGCAACUGUACGAAGAGCAUCACGGGGAUAUAUCAAUGACGAUGCAAUGACAAUGGAGAUGGAGUCGCAUGUGGUCAGCAGCCUUUUAGCAGAAUAAGAUGACUAUGACAUUCAACCGC